UGAUUUCCUGAGAUCUGUGAAUAUAUCUGGCAUGCAGAAAAGUAAUGGGUCCAGUAACAUAAAAAACAAACUGUUUGCCGAUAUGAAGCUGCAAAGAAAGAGAGAGGAAGUUCCGUGAACUUUAAUCCUUCUACUUUAUCACAUUCAUAUUGAAAGGUAUAGGUAGGAAGCCGUUUCGUUGGUAGUGAGAAAAGCUUGAGGACUGAUACACCAUUCCAGUAUUCCAAUUCUUUGAGAGGCUCUUUUCUUUUGUUUAUGGUCUGGCUUUAAUUAUCCUAUGGCCAAUCAACUUGUCCCUUCUUCUUCCUUCACCACUACUCCUUCAUGGACAUACGAUGUCUUUUUGAGUUUCAGAGGUGAGGAUACACGCUACAAUUUUACAGAUCAUCUAUACCAAGCCUUGGUCCGUCACGGAAUCCACACCUUCAUUGAUCAUAGUGAACUUCCAAUAGGAGAAGAAAUAGCACCAACUCUUCUCGAAGCAAUUGAAAACUCGAGAAUUUCUGUCAUCAUAUUCUCUGAAAACUAUGCUUCUUCAAGAUGGUGCUUGGACGAGCUCGUACAUAUUCUUGAAUGUAGAAAGUCAAGGGGACAGAUGACAAGGGCAAUCUUCUACAAGGUGGAUCCAUCGGAUGUCCGACACCAAAGAAAUAGUUAUGGUGCUGCGUUUGCUGACCAUAGCCGCAAAUAUGAGAAUAACCUGGAGAAGGUGCAAAGAUGGAGGACAACUCUUACAGAAGCAGCAGAUCUGAAGGGAGCUACUCUCAACAAUGGAGAGUAUGAAACUACAUUUAUUAACGGCAUCGUUAAGGAGAUUUCAACCCAAGUAUUAAAUCGCACAUAUUUGCAUGUGGCUAAAUACCCAGUUGGAAUAGAGUCUUGUGUAGAAAAGGUGGAAGAGCUUUUAGGUGUCGGUGAAAAUGAUCGUCGUGUGGUUGGGAUUUGGGGGACAUCUGGAAUAGGCAAGACAACAAUUGCUAAAGCUGUUCAUAAUGCAAUUGCUCAUAAGUUUCAAGGUAGUUGUUUUCUGGCAGAUGUUAGGGAAAGAUCGACAUCUCGUGAAGGCAUAAUCGAACUACAAAAGAGACUUCUAUCUAAAAUUCUAUGUGGUACAGAGUUCCAAAUUGACAGUUAUCAUGAAGGAAUCAGUCUUAUUAAGAAUCGGUUGAGUCAAAAGAAGAUUCUCUUAAUUCUUGAUGAUGUGGAUCAUUUGAAGCAGUUAGACAACUUGGUUCAAGAGAUCAGUUGGUUCGGUGAGGGUAGCAGAGUGAUCAUAACCACAAAAGAUAGAGGAUUGUUGGACUCUUAUAGAGUCAAGUUGGUAUAUGAGGUCCAAACGUUAGAAGAAGGCAAAGCUCUUGAGCUUUUACUUUUGAAUGCCUUUGGAAGUAAUGAACCUCCGAAGGAUUAUUUGAGACUCGCACGACGUGCAAUAGCCUAUGCUCAAGGCCUUCCGUUGGCUCUUAAUAUUAUAGGUUCUCAUCUGUGUGAUAAACGUAUAAAUCGUUGGCAAGCUAUAUUGGAUGGCUACAAUUCUUACGAUGGAGAACCUUAUACAGAUAUUCAAGAAAUACUUCGAAAAACUUAUGAUGCCUGGGAUUAUGGGCUGCAACAAGUUUUCCUAGACAUUGCAUGUUUCUUUAAGGGUGGAGAUAAAGAAGAAGUGUUACAAAUAUUAAGAAGUUCAAAGCUCGGAGCACGUCAAGAUUGUAUUGAAGUGCUCGUUGAGAAAGCCAUAAUAACUAUUGAAGAUAAUUGGAUUUUGAUGCAUGACUUACUAGAAAAAAUGGGUAAGCAUAUAGUUUGGCAAGAAUCGCCCUACGAACCAGGUGAGCGGAGCAGGUUGUGGUUUCAUAAGGAUGUGUACGAUGUUCUAACUGAAAACAAGGGAACAGAGAAAAUUAGAAGUAUUGUGGUGGAGCUACCCAAAUCAGAUGUGAUACCCUUGAAUCCAGAAAGCUUCUUGAGGAUGGGAAAUCUUGAAAUUUUGAUAAACCGUAAUGCACACUUUUCUGGAUGCGUUAAUUAUUUGCCCAACAGUUUGAGGUGGUUUGACCUGGGUGGACGAUCCAUUAUUAAUAUUAAGCAUACGGUUGUGCUCAAUUUGCAGUCCAAUUUUCAUCCAAGAUAUCUCGUUAAGUUUGAUAUGUCAUACAGUGACAUAAGACAAUUGAAGGGAUUUAAGAUUUUGGAAAAGCUUACAUGGAUGAAUUUAAGUGGUUGCGAAUUCUUGGAAAAAAUCCCCGACUUCUCUGGAAGCCCAAACUUAAAGCACUUGAAUCUAAGUGGAUGUAAAAAUUUGGUUGAGGUUGAUGAUUUUGUUGGAUUCCUUGACAAACUUGUUAUAUUGGAUCUUAGUCGGUGCUCUAAACUUACGAGGUUUGCAACAAGACUUGAAUUGAGAUCCCUUGAAGAGCUUAAUCUUUGUGGGUGCACAAGGCUGGAGAGAUUUCCAGAAAUAGAGAAGGACAAGAUGAAAUCUCUGACGCGUUUGGAGAUAGGAAAAAGUGGCAUAAGAGAAUUGCCUUCAUCAAUUGCGUAUCUUACUGGGCUCACAGAGUUGGUUGCAAAUGGUUGUGAGUUGCAAAAUGUCCCCGACUUAUCCAGAAGCCCAAACAUAAGGGUGUUGGAUCUAAGUGACUGCACAAGUUUGGUCGAGGUUCAUGAUUCAGUUGGAUUCCUUGGUAAACUUGAAUUUUUGCAUCUUAAUGGGUGCUCUAAGCUUACGAGGUUUGCAACAAGACUUGGAUUGAGAUCCCUUAUAGGUCUCUAUCUCAAAGGUUGCACAAGGCUGGAGACAUUUCCAGAAAUAGAGAAGGACAAGAUGAAUUCUCUGACGCGUUUGGAGAUAGGAAAAAGUGGCAUAAGAGAAUUGCCUUCAUCAAUUGCAUAUCUUACUGGGCUUACGGACUUGGUUGCAAAUGGUUGUGAGUUGCAAAAUGUCCCCGACUUAUCCGGAAGCCCAAACAUAAUGGUGUUGGAUCUAAGAGACUGCACAAGUUUGGUCGAGGUUCAUGAUUCAGUUGGAUUCCUUGAUAAACUUGAAUUUUUGCAUCUUAAUGGGUGCUCUAAGCUUACGAGGUUUGUAACAAGACUUGGAUUGAGAUCCCUUAUAGGUCUCUAUCUCAAAGGUUGCACAAGGCUGGAGACAUUUCCAGAAAUAGAGAAGGACAAGAUGAAAUCUCUGACGCGUUUAGAGAUAGGAAAAAGUGGCAUAAGAGAAUUGCCUUCAUCAAUUGCGUAUCUUACUGGGCUUACGCACUUGUCUGCAAAUGGUUGUGAGUUGCAAAAUGUCCCUGACUUAUCCGGAAACCCAAACAUAAGUUACAUGGAUCUAAGUGACUGCACAAGUUUGGUUGAGGUUCAUGAUUCAGUUGGAUUCCUUGAUAAACUUGAAUUUUUGCAUCUUGAUGGGUGCUCUAAGCUUACGAGGUUUGCAACAAGACUUGAAUCAAGGUCCCUAUAUUAUCUUUCUCUUGAAGGUUGCAGAAGGCUCGAGAGUUUCCCAGAAAUAGAGGGCAAGAUGGAAUCCCUAAGCCAUUUGAAUAUACAAAAUAGUGGCAUAAGAGAAUUGCCUUCAUCAAUUGCGUAUCUUACUGGGCUUACGCACGUGACUGCAUCUGGUUGUGAGUUGCAAAAUAUCCAACUCCUCCCUUUUGGAAAGAAGGUGAAGUUUGAUGAAGUUUCAUCCUGCGGUACCAAUUUACAAUUGUCUCUUGAUCUAGAAGGAUGCAAUUUAUCAGAAAGGGAUUUCCUUGCGCCUCUUGAUUGCUGGUCCGCAUUAACAUCACUUAAUCUGUCGAGAAACAAUUUUGUUAGCCUUCCGAAUUGUAUUAGCAAAGUUGUCAACUUGAAGACACUUUUCUUGAGGGAUUGCAAGAGGCUUCGGGAAAUUCCAGUCCUUCCACCAAAACUAGAAGAGUUAUAUCUGGAUGAUUGCACGUCACUGGAGAAAAUUCCAAAACUGCCGCUGAGGCUUAAGCGUCUUAACUUGUGUAACUGCUCUGGACUAAGUGGCGAUGAGCUAGCAAAGUUGGAAAACAACUUGUUGAAUGAGGAAAUUGAUCCGCGCUCUAAAUUGGACAUUAUUUACCCAGGCAAUGAAGUUCCAAAGUGGUUCAGCUAUACCUCUAACCAUCCCAUAACCAUUCAACCUCUACCAGAAUAUGAAUCGAAUGAAUAUGACAGGAAAGAAACAUAUGUUGGAGGACGUGAAUUUCGUUUUGAAAUUCCUCUAAAAUUACAAGUGGGGGAGACGUUAUUAGGAUUGGCUCUAUCUUUUGUUGUUGAACCAUCGACUCAUCAUGAUUAUCCUAUUGACCCGUGUAUUAUCAUCAACGGAGAAGAAUUACUUGAACAUAAUUUAUGGUAUGGUGAGGACACAAAGGCAACUCAUGUGAGGCUUGCAUUAGUGGGUUUAUGGGAACAGGAGCCGGGGGUACAUAUUUGUCAAGUUGUAUUUCGAUUCCAGAAAGGGUGUCCCAUUAAAAGCUGCGGCGUGCACUGCCUAUUGAGACCAACGAGCAGUCUUGGGAUGAGGCCUCAUCCACGUUGAUCCUCAGAUAUUGUCGAUGAUGAAUAUGAUCAGGAACAGCAAUGGCUUUCCUCAUCUUCGGAGGAUAAGGAGCAAGAGUAAGAGCAACCGUCCGACUUAGAUAAUCAUCCAAAA